AUGGACGACGCAGAAAAUAACGAAUUUAUGCACAAAGUCGCCAUAAAGCUCUCAAGGGCCAUGAAUAUGCCCGUUCCAAACGAUUUACUGGCCCGCAGAGUAAUCGACCUGGCAAAAUCCAUGGAUACCCAGCAGUUUAUCAAAGCUGCAGCAGGCUUUGGCAACUUUCAGGAUAAAUUCUUAUUCGAGCUACACGAGGAAAUUGUGGCACACCACAAACAAGGAGCAUCUAAUCAGAUAGAGGGAUUCAUAGAUACAGACGUCUUGGAGCCAGACGCGCCUCGCACCGGCGGGCUGGUCAGACCCGACUUGCAACACAAGUUUCGUGCACCAGCCAAACCCGUUCAACCGCCAACGCCGCGGCGUUCAUUGCUAGGCUUAGACAAACUGGCCCAAGAGAAACGGUCUGCUGCCCAAGCGGCUAUGGGAGAGGAAGGUUCUCGAAAGAAGAGUAGGCUUGAUGACGGAACGGCCUUCAAAGUUCCUAGUCUCCCUGCGUCACGUUCUGGUACACAACGACAAAGAGUCGAAGAUACUCCUUCUCGUGGACCUGGUCUCUCUGACAAGGCGCGCUUAGCACUCGAGGAGCAUCGCAGAUCAAGAGAAGCCCAACGCUCGGAAGGCAUUGCUGCUCGAAAUGACCGACGUCCCGACGGCCAAGGAUUGGGAGACUUUCAACAACGUCUGAAUCGUAAUGUACGCGACAAUCGGUCUCGCAUGCCUCAGCAGACACCAAGAGGUGGCGAAUCGACAAGAAGUGCGAGAAACGGCUGGGACGCUACGCCGCGCGAUCCCAAUGGCGGCGACGGAAACUGGGGUGGUGUUCGAAAUCGACGGUGGGACGCACCUACUCCGCGUGCAUCAAAGGAUGGGAAUAUGGCUAUCGAUGAUGACGACGAGGGCGGUUUGGGUCAGUUUGAUGCGCGAGAAUGGGAGGAAGAGCAGACCAAGUUGGAUCGAGAUUGGUAUAUGGCAAGUGAGGAUGGAACUUUGAUGGGCGACGAAGAGCACAAUCCACUCGCACAAUGGGAGGAUUUGGAGGUCAAGAAGCAAGCCGAGAUUGCCACCAAGCAAGUGAAAAAGAUAUCAGCGAAGCAAGCUCAAUAUAAUGCCGACAACGACCUUUGGGAAGCAAAUCGACUUCUCACUUCUGGAAUUGCAUCAAGAGCCGCUCUGGAUAUGGACUUCGAGGACGAAUCCGAAUCUAUGGUUCACGUGAUGGUGCACGACUUGAAACCGCCAUUCCUUGAUGGAAGAACAGUCUACACGAAGCAACUUGAGCCUAUCAAUCCUAUACGGGACCCAACGAGUGACAUGGCCGUCUUUUCCAAAAAAGGCAGCGCGCUCGUGAAAGAAAAACGAGAGCAGGCGGAGCGACAAAAAGCGGCUGCCAAGCUAGCGUCUCUCGGAGGAACCGCGCUUGGAAACGUCAUGGGUGUACGAGACGAGGAAGCGGAUGCAGAAGCUGCCGCCGACGCCGCAGCUAAGCAAGGCGAGGAAGACUACAAAGGGGAUUCCAAGUUUGCAAGUCAUCUCAAGACGGCAACAGCGACGAGUACUUUUGCCCGCACCCGAACUCUAAAGGAGCAGAGAGAGUAUCUGCCGGCUUUUGCUUGCAGAGAGGAGCUAAUGAAAAUGUUGCGCGAUUUUCAAGGCGGGUUCGUGGUCGUUGUUGGAGAAACCGGUUCAGGCAAAACGACCCAACUCGCUCAGUUCUUGUACGAAGAUGGGUUUUGCAGCAAUGGCAUAAUUGGGUGCACGCAACCUCGUCGUGUCGCUGCAAUGUCUGUUGCAAAGCGAGUCAGCGAGGAAAUGGAGUGCAAACUUGGAGGGACCGUGGGAUAUGCCAUCCGCUUCGAGGAUUGCACAUCCAGUGAGACGAAGAUCAAGUACAUGACCGAUGGUGUCCUCCUUCGAGAAUCUUUAAACGAAGGAGACUUGGACCGAUAUAGCGUUAUCAUCCUAGACGAGGCUCAUGAGCGUUCUUUGAGUACAGACGUCCUCAUGGGUCUACUCCGCAAGAUUUUGACUAGGAGAAGGGAUCUCAAAUUGAUUGUCACUUCGGCGACCAUGAACGCCCAAAAGUUCUCGACAUUCUAUGGCAAUGCACCAGUCUUUACGAUUCCCGGUCGAACCUUUCCUGUGGAAAUCUUCCACUCGAAAUCGCCUUGCGAGGACUACGUAGACGCUGCUGUUAAGCAGGUGCUCCAGAUACACCUGUCACUUCCUCCAGGUGAUAUCCUGGUUUUCAUGACAGGUCAAGAGGACAUCGAGAUUACAUGCCAAGUCGUCAAUGAAAGACUUGAACAACUGGAUGACCCAGCACCGCUUGCUGUUCUGCCAAUAUACUCACAAAUGCCUGCCGAUCUUCAGGCCAAAAUAUUCGAGGCAACACCAGAUGGUCGUCGCAAAGUCAUUGUCGCCACGAACAUUGCAGAGACAUCCUUGACGGUCGAUGGUAUCCUUUACGUGGUCGACUCCGGCUACUCCAAACUCAAAGUGUAUAACCCCAAGGUCGGAAUGGACGCCCUCCAAAUCACACCCAUCAGUCAGGCAAAUGCAAACCAGCGCACGGGUCGAGCCGGAAGAACGGGCAAUGGCUUCUGCUACCGACUCUACACUGAGGGCGCGUUCAAGAAUGAAAUGUUUGAGAAUAACAUUCCGGAGAUCCAGCGAACCAACCUCGCAAACACCGUACUUCUUCUGAAGUCCCUUGGUGUCAAGAAUCUGCUAGAGUUUGACUUUAUGGACCCUCCUCCCCAGGCAAAUAUUCUCAAUUCAAUGUAUCAACUUUGGGUCCUCGGGGCGCUGGACAAUGUCGGCGACCUCACUCCAUCGGGGAGAAAGAUGAACGAAUUCCCGAUGGAGCCAUCUAUGGCGAAGAUGCUCAUCGUUUCCGUGGAGUACAAGUGCUCAGCUGAAAUGCUGACAAUCGUCUCUAUGCUCAGCGUACCGAGCGUCUUUUACCGACCCAAGGAGCGAUUGGAAGAAAGCGACGCAGCCCGAGAGAAAUUCUCCGUUCCCGAGAGUGAUCAUUUGACUCUUCUCAAUGUCUUUCAACAAUGGAAAAGUCAUGGGUAUCGAGACGACUGGUGUAUGAAGCAUUUCCUCCAUCCGAAGUUGCUUCGCAAAGCGCGUGAAGUUCGCGUACAGUUGGAAGACAUUAUGAAGACCCAGAAAAUGGAGAUUGUGUCCGCCGGUACGGACUACGAUGUUGUUCGCAAGGCGAUAACAGCGGGAUACUUCCACCAAGCUGCUCGAGUAAAAGGAAUUGGCGAGUUUGUCAAUAUUAGAUCUGGAUUGCCAACACACUUGCAUCCCACAAGUGCGCUUUAUGGUCUUGGAUACACUCCGUCCUAUGUCGUCUACCACGAGCUCAUCCUUACUUCAAAGGAAUAUAUGACCCAAGUGACCUCAAUCGACCCUUACUGGCUUGCUGAACUGGGUUCUGUGUUCUACUCUGUUAAGGAGAAGAACUUCGAUGACAGUGGGCGACGGCGUAAACAUGACAAAGAGUUCUCGAAGAAAGCCGAACUAGAGAUGGAGAUGGCCCGGCAGCGCGACCUCACCGCGAAGCGUGACGCAGAAAGUGCACUCAAAAAGCAAGUGUCGUCAGGAGGUUCACGCGUCGUGAUGGCUGGUGCUCCUACACCUGCUACACCCCGACUUGGUUUUGGGCAAACACCGAAGCGCAGAAUAUAG